AUACUCUAAAUAAACGACCCCCGACUCUCCAACAAAACUUAAAACCUUUUCAUUCAUCAUUCCUUCCUUCGAAUCCCCAAGCACACAUCAAUGGCAACCAAAACCUCCACUCCAAGUUCUCAAUCCCCAAAACUCUCUCGUCUCCGCCCUCAAUACAUUCCCAACCACAUCCCCGACUCCUCCUACGUCUGCAUCUUGGACACCACCCUCCGCGACGGCGAACAAUCCCCGGGAGCCACCAUGACAGCAAAGGAGAAGCUCGACAUCGCACGGCAGCUGGUGAAGCUGGGCGUGCACAUCCUCCAGCCCGGCUUCCCUUCUGCGUCGAACAGUGACUUCAUGGCCGUCAAAAUGAUAGCACAAGAGGUUGGCAAUGCUGUUGGUGAUGAUGGUUAUGUGCCUGUCAUUGCUGGCUUCUGUCGGUGCGUUGAGAAGGACAUUUCUACUGCAUGGGAGGCUGUGAAGUAUGCUAAGAGGCCACGGCUUUGUACUUCCAUAGCUACGAGCCCUAUUCACAUGGAGCACAAGCUGAGAAAGAGUAAAGAUCAGGUGAUUCAGAUUGCCAGGGAUAUGGUCGAGUUUGCACGGAGUUUGGGUUGCAAUGAUAUUCAGUUCGGUGCUGAAGAUGCUACUAGAUCAGAUAGAGAAUUUCUCUAUGAAAUUCUUGGAGUAGUUAUUGAAGUCGGGGCAACAACAGUGAACAUAGCCGACACUGUAGGUAUAGUAAUGCCAUUGGAGUUAGGAAAAUUAAUUGUUGAUAUAAAAGACAAUACCCCAGGAAUUGCGAAUGUUAUUAUUUCGACUCAUUGUCAUAAUGAUCUUGGGCUUGCUACUGCUAACACCAUCGAGGGUGCUCGUACAGGUGCACGGCAAUUAGAAGUAACCAUUAAUGGGAUUGGUGAAAGGGCUGGAAAUGCGUCGUUAGAAGAGGUUGUGAUGGUCUUGGCAUCCAAGGGAGAUCAUGCCUUAAAUGGUCUAUAUACAAGAAUCAAUACAAGACACAUAUUAGAGACAAGCAAGAUGGUUGAAGAAUACUCUGGUAUGCAUUUACAACCUCACAAGCCUCUUGUUGGUGCUAAUGCAUUUGUCCAUGCAAGUGGCAUUCAUCAGGAUGGAAUGCUUAAACAUAAAGGUACAUAUGAAACAAUAUCUCCUGAGGAAAUUGGACAUAAAAGAACCACCAGAAUUGGUAUUGUGCUAGGGAAGCUUAGUGGAAGCCAAGCUUUGAGAAAGCGACUUGAAGAGCUUGGUUAUGAUCUUAAGGAAGACGAAGUUGAUAGUGUGUUUUGGCAAUUCAAAGCAAUGGCUGAGAAAAAAAAGGUUAAGAACUACUAG